AUGCCUAGCACUUUCGAAACGCAGCUCUUUCUUUCGAGACCUUUUCUGUCCAAAAGGCAAAUUCAAAGAGCUCAAAAGAAUACUAUAUCAGAUUAUCGAAAUUACAACCAGAAAAAACUAGCUGUGUUCAAGUUUCUAAGUGAUUUAUGUGUCCAGUUGAAAUUUCCGCGAAAGACUUUAGAGACUGCAGUAUAUUUUUAUCAAAGAUAUCAUCUUUUUAAUCGCUUCGAAUCAGAAGUUUGCUACAUUGUGGCGACUAGCUGCCUAACUUUGGGUUGCAAAGAAGUUGAGACGAUCAAGAAAACUAACGAGAUAUGUACUUUGUCAUUACGGUUGAGAAAUGUGGUCAAAAUCAAUACGGAGAUUUUGGAAAAUUUCAAGAAAAGAGUAUUUCAAAUAGAACUUCGAAUACUGGAAUCGUGUUCCUUCGACUAUAGAGUGAAUAAUCACGUUCAUGUUGAUGAGUAUGUUAUUAAGAUUGGUAGGGAACUAUCUUUUGAUUACAAAUUAUGCCAUCUAGCUUGGAUAAUUGCCUACGACGCCUUAAAGCUAGAAACGAUCCUGGUCAUACCCCAGCAUUCCAUCGCGUUGGCCAUUCUAAAAAUAGCGUACGAAUUACUGGAUAAUAAUGGUUGGUCAAGUAAAAGAUAUUCAUUAUUUGAAACAGAUGAAAAUUCAGUAAAUGAAGCUUAUUUUGAUAUAGUGAAUUUUUACAUCAAUUCAUUUGACAUCUGCGAUUUACAACGGCAUUUACCAGAGGGUAUGCUUCCAGUCGGUGUUGACAGGUUUAUGGACCUGAAAAAAAAUGCAGGACCAGAAUUUGGUUUGCCACAAAUAGCGGAUCGCGUGCUGAAUGCGGAUCCUUACAUAACUAUUACUAGGGAUAAUAAUGUUCAAGAAAGAAGAUACGUACUUUCACUGGACCUAAUUAACGGUGAAUCCAAUGUAGUCAACUCUACAAAACAUGCAUAG